AUGUCAAAAGCUAAAGUGUCAAAGGUCACAGUAAGAAAAGCUCGUAAAUACAUGGUGAAGAAGGCAUUUGACGAGAACACGCCGACGCCGGCUAUGUUCCUGAUAGAGGAAGAAACAUUGCCACCUGUGAAGAAUGGAGAAUUCCUGGUGCAAGCCGAGUACAUCAGCGUCGACCCCUACAUGCGCUCGUUUGCCAGUAAUUAUAAAACACCCUACUUACAAUUUGCAUUUCAAGUGGGACAAGUAAUUGAGAGUAAAAACAAAGAAUUCCCAGUGAACUCUUAUGUGGUAUCGCACUCGGGAUGGUGUGACUAUGUCGUGUUAAACGACCAGCCCGAUGAGAUAUUCAGUAUCAAGCCUUACCAGCCAGACCUGGGCAACUUGUCCCGGUCGCUGGCCAUCGGAGCGCUGGGCAUGCCCGGCAUGGCCGCUUACCUCGGCUUCUUGGAAGUAUGCAAACCCAACAAAGGAGAAGUCGUAGUGGUGACCAGCGCGUGCGGCGCGGUCGGCUCGCUGGUGGGACAGAUAGCCCGAAUUAAAGGUUGCACUGUGAUAGGGUUCACAGGGUCCGACCAGAAAGUAAAUGUCCUUAAGGAAUUAGGUUUCAAUCACGCAUUUAACUAUAAAAGCAACCUCAACGUCGUAGAGACGAUAAAAAACAUCUCGAGUCGCGGCGUGGACUGCUACUUCGACAACGUGGGCGGCGCGCUGUCGCGGGCCGUGAUGGAGUGCAUGGCGGACAAGGCGCGCAUCGCCAUCUGCGGCUCCAUCAGCUCCUACGACAAGACGGCGCGGCAGAAACACUCUAACGCAUCCAUGUCCGUUCACAUCGAAUCCUUCAGCUUCACACAGUGGGACUGGGAGACGCAGAAAAAUGCCCUCAAGCAAAUACGUACCUGGAUUGAAAGCGGGAAAAUUACAGUCAAGGAAACCGUUACAAAGGGAUUUGAUAAGCUACCCGAUGCCUUUAUAGGAAUGUUAAAAGGAGAAAACAUCGGCAAAGCGCUUGUUAAGGUUUGA